GAGGGCUUUGAAAGUUCUUGACCAUUAAUACUUUGCCCAAAAGAAAAUAUAACGGGAGAGGGGAUUAGGUGAUCAAAUAUCUUCAAAGGAAACAUCAUUCUUCACAAUACCCUCCUAACCAGUACUGUUCCUCUGAUGAAAAACGCAAUCCUGCUACCAUAUGCAUCCGUUCCUCUAGGACCUCAACAGCGAACACCCUCCACCGAAUCCAAAUCCAAAUCCAAACCCCUCUUUGAUCUGAGAAAAUAUCUUUUGAAAUUUGAACCUUUUUCCUAGAAUGACAGAAGCCACGAACAGAGCUGUUCUUUCCUUGAUAAACAACUUCACCAACACGAUCAGUCAAGAAAAGUCUCACUGGGAAACCGUCGAAGGUGAAGUCGAGCCGAUCCUCAGUGAACUUUUGGAUAUGCGGAGGUUUCUAAAAGAUGUAGAUGAAGAAAUUGCAAGUGAAAAGAUUUUGGAAUUGGAGAAAAUCAUUCAUAAAACAGAAGCCGCCAUAAAGGAGUUCGCAGUAAGAACAACACGCCGUGGCCGGAGGUGGAAGUCACUCUUUAAAAGUGGCGGCAUGGAAUAUUGUGGAGCUCAUAAAAAGUCUCUCAUUGAGAUAAAAAUGUCGAUCGAGGAAUUGAAAAAUUAUUUUGAAGGGAACUACUCAAGACAUUAUUCCAGAAGAAAGAAGUCAUUCAACCUAGGGGCGAGGCUGUCAGAACGGUUGCGCUCUUUUGCUUCUGAUGAAACAGAGGAGGAUCUUAGUCCUACCGUUGUUGGUUUGAGGCAGGAUAUGGUGUGUCUGGAAAAAGAAUUGAAUGACGGGAGCCACAACCACAGGGUAAUCUCUGUUCUUGGAAUCCAAGGAAUCGGAAAGACGACGCUAGCAUGGAAGAUUUAUAAAAGCAGUUUUGUGGUAGAACGAUUUCAAUGUAAAGCCUGGGUUUGCGUAUCUGCAGAGAGCAAUAAUGAGGCUAUUUAUAAACAAAUUGAGAAUCAGAAGUAUCUCAUAGUGAUCGAUGAUGUUCCUGAUCUUGAAGUCUGGAAAGACCUGCUAAGAGAUAUCCCAAACGGUGAUAAUGGAAGCAGGAUUAUCCUCACAACUCGGGACGUAGAGGUUGCUUGUUCUGCGGACUACUCACACCGAAUGAAGGUACUAAGUAAAGAAGAAAGUUGGGAUUUGUUUGAGAAGAAGGUAUGUAUAGCUCCCUGGAAACUCCGUGAUGAAAGUGGCCGUGAGCACAGCAGCAGCAGCACCACCACCACCAUAGAACAGUCUACCAUCCGUUUCCCUCCAGAGUUGGCUGUUCUUGGAAAGCAAAUGGUUAAAAAAUGUGGAGGAAUCCCCUUUCUAAUUAUAGAAUUGGCAAAUCUGUUGUCCAGAGUGUAUCCAAACACUGAGGAGUGGUCAUGUGUGCUCCAUGGCACAGAUACACAUCUCGGUUAUCAAGACAAAAACCCUUGGUAUAAAUUGUCAUACUCUGUUGAUGACAUCCUUCCUUUACAUGUGAAACAGUUCUUGCAUCUCUUUCCUGCAGGAGCUGAUAUCCCUGAGAGGAGGUUGAUUCUGUCAUGGGCUGCAGAGUCUUUAUGGCAGCAGCAGCAGCAGCAGCAGCAGCAGCAGAAGCAGCAGCAGCAGCAGAGCCAUCCUGAUGAUGAAGUUUAUGAUGAGGAAGCAGUAGCCAUGCGGUGGGUGCGAGACCUGCAAGAUCUCGGCUUUAUUCAGGCUUCAAAAGUCAGUUCUAUUGGGACAACCAAGACAUACCGCAUUCCCCCUGAUCUUCCACAGCUUCAGAUCUUAAAAGCUGGUGGUGGUGGUGGUAGUGGUGAUAGUAAAGUCUGGAUUCAUAGAAUUUGUGAUCAGUAUAAGGAGGAUGACCCCCAUUCUUGUUGUAUUCACAGUAACAGUGAAGAACUAAAGACUUACAAAUCUGUCCGUUAUUUCUGGUGCUUCAAUUAUCCAGGAGGAUACAAACCCGGGCAAGAAUUAGGGAGCUUUCUUAAGAGAUGCAUCAAUAAUAACUACUUGUGGUUUCUUAGGGUGCUCGAUCUGGAGAGUGUGUAUAAACCUAGCCUACCUAAGGCAAUUGGAGAGCUAAUUAAUUUGCGGUACCUGGGGUUAAGAUGGACAUUCUUGGACACACUGCCCGAAUCUGUCCACAAAUUACACACCCUCCAAACUCUGGAUAUAAAACAUACCGAUAUUGGUGAUUACCCUAAGAAGAUGUUUAGGAAUAUGCAUAGUCUGCGACACAUUUACCUGAACGAGAGACAUCCCAGUGAAGUUGUUACACAAUUGAGUUGUUUGAGUAGCCUCCAAACACUGUCAGGAGUAAUCGUAGAUGAUUCUAGUCCUGUCAAGGAUGGUUUAGACAAGUUGAAAAAACUUAGAAAACUGAGAUUGACAUGCAGGUUAAGUCGGCAGCAGGAAGUAAUGGCUAUGGCUAAGUGGAUUGCGGGACUAAAAGACCUUCGGACGUUAAAGUUGACGACGUCCACAGAACAAGAGGAUGAUCGGUCAAGUUUACUUUGGAACCUCAGAAGCAGCAAAUUGUCUCGCAUGUAUUUACAGGGAAAGUUGAAAUUAGAGGACAACAACAACAUUGAUUACCAUCAAGUCCACGACAAUGAUUUCGGAAACCUUACUGCACUCACCUUAUCUCUGACCCAACUAGACACAGACCCAAUGCCAAUACUGGAGAAGCUACCCGUGCUAAAGCUUCUUAGGUUGUUCUCCAAAUCCUUCAUGGGCUCCACUAUGUCUUGCUCAGCAGAAGGGUUCUCUCAACUUCGGGUCCUGAAACUGUGGAAGUUAGAGACACUAGAACGGUGGACUGUGGCGAAUGGAGCGAUGAAAAACCUCGAUGAGUUAGAGAUUAGAUCCUGCAAAAAAUUGGAGUUUCCAAAUAAUCUACCAAUUAACCUUCGUGAAUUGAAGUUAACCGACAUGCCUAAGGAAUUCACCACUGAUGUUACGGAGAAGAGGUCCCACAAGGUCGCUAAUGUGAGCUCUGUGGUCAUAGAAGAUUGGUUAGAUUCUUCAGUUAAGCUGUAUACUGGACGGAAUCGUGAGUUUCAGUGUUGA